AGUUCGAAAACUGGUUAUGGUUAGGCAUCUCGAUCCAUCCCAACUGGCGGCUGAUCAGCGGGCACACGCUUUUCAAAGAUGAAGAUAUUUCUGAAGGGGAUCAGUUGUGUGCAUCAGCACCAAGCCUCCAGAAAGAGAGACACACUGGCGAUCUGCCUGGCGAUGUAGCUAAAGCUUUAGCUUCUGCCGAGGCUAUACCAACCCGGGAGAUUAUUGAGGACGUGCAGGAACCUAAAUUCCCAUUUGUAGUCCUCGGAAACGAUCGUGACAGAAACAGCUCCUCGAGUAUCUCAUCGAUAACCUUGUCUACACCCGACUCUUCUGUGCCAGAUUGGACAGUACCGCACCCAAGAGGUGUUCUCUCGGAUCAUCUCCAAUUUGUAAGGAGCAUCGACUGGGCAAAAACCCCGUUGGGAGCUAUGAGUAGAUGGUCUAUUCAAUUUCGAGAGAUCAUCUGUUUGGUCAUGCGCAAUCCUCAUCCAUCUUCCGUUUUCUGGGGCGAAGACUUAACCAUGCUCUACAAUGAGGCUUACAGAGACGAUGUGACAGGCGACAAACAUCCGGCUUUAAUGGGAACUGGUUUCUCAGGCCCUUUUGGCGAAAUGUGGCAUGCAGUUGGACCUGUAAUUCGCGAAUGUGCGCGGACAGGUCAUGCACAGCUUAAUCACAACCAGCCAUUGCCCAUCAUGCGGUACGGUUAUAUGGAAGAGGCUUUCUUUACCUGGUCUUUCGUACCAGUCUUUGGUGGUACUGAGCGCGUCUUAGGGUUCUACCUCAACGCAUUCGACACCACGGUUGAGUCCAUUAGCGCAAGAAGGAUGUGGCUGUUGCGCUAUCUUGGGGAGUGCAUGAAUGCCACACGUACAGUCAAGGAAUUCUGGAUGAGAGUUCUGGACGGCCUGAAUCACAAUGAUUACGACGUACCUUUUGCCCUCUUGUACACUGUUACAGAAUCGGAGGGCGCUGAGAAUGCUUCUUCGCAUCCGGAUGCCACCCCAACAGCUACAAAGUGUUGCGUUUUUGAAGGAUCCAUCGGAGUGCCGAGAGGGCAUGCAGUCUCCCCCGACAGGUUAGAUCUCGGAAAUAGUGAUGGUUUCCUGACACCGGCUUUUCGAAACGCUACACGAACCCUAGAGCCCAUGAUGUUAAGCAUCAAGGAUAAUACGCUUCCACAACCGCUUCUAGACGUUAUCGAGUGGCGAGGCUACAAGGAUCCAUGCAGAGAAGCUAUGGUUUUACCCUUACGACCAACCAACGCAGACAACGUGUGCGCUUUAUUGCUGCUAGGCAUCAAUCCCCGGAGAGCAUAUGACCAGGAGUAUAGGUCUUUUAUGGCCAUGCUCAACAGACAGAUCGCUACGUCGCUAGCUUCGGUGCUUCUUUUCGAAGACGAGGUGUGCCGGAGCAAACAAGCCGCGGAGAUAGCCACCCUACAAAGAGAGCAGAUGUCUCGACAGCUUCAGCUUCAGACUGGACGCAUGCGGCGAAUGACCGAAUUAUCGCCUAUGGGCAUGUAUUUAUUCGACCCAGAUGGUCUUCUGGUAGAGGCGAACGACCGAUACUAUGAAAUGACUGGUGUCUCGUCUACAGGGGAUAAACUGCCAUGGUCCAUUGACAUGAUGGUGGGGGAAAGUAAAAAGACUGCACAGGAAAUGUGGGACUUAAGCCGUGAGCUGCAGUUCGCGAACUCUGCAUGUCAACCCCGAGACAUCGAUGGCGCCCGAAUCGAGUAUUGGGUCCUGGCAGCUAGUCAGCCAGAGCUAAGUGCCGACGGUAAACUCGUCAGUGUCAUGGGAUCACUUACAGAUAUCUCGCAUCUGAAGUGGGUGCAAGGCCUGCAAGAACGGCGAAUACAGGAAGCAGAAGAGGCAAAGCGCCAGCAGAACGAGUUCAUUGAUAUCACGUCACACGAGAUGAGAAGUAGCGAUCUCUCCGUACGAAACUCAUAUCCACUUUCCGCGAUCCUUAUCUGCGCCGAUGACAUCCGAGAUACCCUGACACAGUACCAGUUCUCUUGCAGUAGCGAUCAGAAAAUGGCAAAAGAAUGUGUCGAAGCAGCGGACAACAUUGCACUUUGUGUUCAGCAUCAAAAGUCGAUCGUCGACGACGUUCUCACCGUCUCAAAACUGGACUCAAAUCUUCUCCGCAUCACGCCAAUACCCGCACAGCCAAUUAUAGUCGUUCAGAGAUCUAUGGCAAUGUUCCGUCCUGAAAUCCAGGCCAAGAACAUCGAUUUCAAAUUUGUUCCACAUCCCAGUGUUCGAGAUCUCGACAUUGACUGGGUGAUUCUUGACCCUGGUCGACUUCUUCAAAUCAUCGUCAAUCUCAUCACCAAUGCCAUCAAGUUCACCAUGGAGUCCCAAAUCCGCUCAAUCACGGUCCACAUUUCUGCUCAUGCGGAAUGGCCAGACUUUGAUAUCCCAGAAGGAUUCACAUUUGUUCCACCACGACAUAUCGUAACUGAGUUCGGGAGUGGUGAGGGCUGGGGCUCAGGCUCGUUCGUCUAUCUCCAGUUCCAGGUUCAGGACACAGGUUGCGGACUUUCGCCUCAGCAGAUGUCCCUCUUGUUCGAGAAAUUUGCCCAAGCUUCUCCUCGAACACACAUGCGAUACGGCGGUAGUGGCCUCGGACUCUUUAUCUCGCGCCAACUUGCUGAACUUCACGGAGGUCAGAUCGGUGUUUCUUCUAAAGCUGGUGUCGGCAGUACCUUCGGAUUCUAUUUGAAGUGCAAGCGCAUGAUUGCCCAGAAACCAACUCUAUCGCGUGACACAUUUAAACACGCCCUCGAAAUCGAACACGCGGUGACGGCACGGGAAAUAAAAAAAGCAACUAUAUCCCUGAUCUCCGCUGCGACUGCAGCAGGAAAAGAUGGAUAUUCUGUCGACAUGGAUAUACCACAGUCCAUCAAUGAAAAAAUGGACGAAGCUAAAGAUGACCAGCUUCAUGUCCUCGUCGUUGAAGAUAAUCUAGUGAACCAAAAGGUGCUAGUCAAACAACUCAUGAAAGCAGGCUGCGUUACCAGCACCGCCGACAACGGCGUCUGGGCGUUGAAGCAUCUUGUCAAAACAAGAUUCUGCGUUACCGAUGGGAUACCACUUGACAUCAUUCUCAUAGAUUGCGAGAUGCCAGAGAUGGAUGGCCUGACAUGUUGCAGAAAGAUACGACAGAUGGAGCAACGGAAAGAGGUGUCGAAGCAUAUUCCGAUUAUAGCGGUUACUGCGAAUAUAAGAGGUGGGCAGAUAGACAAUGCAAGAGAUGCAGGUAUGGAUGAUGUUGUUGGGAAGCCAUUCAGAAUCCCGGACUUGUUGGCGAAGAUGCGGGAGCUAUUGAAGAAGAUUAAGAAGUGA